UGUUUCUUGCUCUGACAUCACAUGGAGCCAUUGUGAGCAAUGCAAGGUCCCUGUCCAUAAGAAGCAUGGGCUGCAGCUGGGUUUUACAGUUUGGACAGCUGUUGGCUGCACAGUUAACUGGCACGAUAAUGGUGGUGUUGGACCUCAAGGUCACAGCCUCCGAUGAGGCAUCCCUCAGAAAUAAUUACAAGAUCUUGAACACCAUCUGCCAAAGCAGCUUCGGUGAAGUGAAGCUCGCCUGCCACCUCCUCACCCAGACCCAGGUGGCGUUGAAAAUCCUGCCAAGGAACUCCUCUAUUGUCACAUCAGAAAUUGAUAUCAUGAAAUCCCUCAGUCAUCCCAAUGUCACCCAGCUUUAUCAGAUAAUCAACACCACUGUCAACACCUACCUUGUAAUGGAGCAUGCGAGCGGGGGAAGGCUGCUGGACCAGAUCCAGGAGGAUGGACAUCUACAGGAGGAGGAGGCCCGCCGAAUUUUCCAGCAGAUUGGGAGCGCUGUGCAUUACUGUCAUUCAAAAGGUGUCGUGCAUGGAGACCUGAGGCCAGAGAAUAUCCUGGUGGAUGGCGAGGGCAACAUCAAACUCAGUGACUUUGGGUUGGGCAUUCAGGUGAGCCCUGGGCAGAAGCUGCACUCUUUCUUCUGCAGCCUCCCCUUUUGUGCCCCAGAACUCCUUCAGGGAAAAGACUAUGAUGGACCCGCAGCUGAUAUGUGGAGCCUGGGAGUCCUCCUCUACUUUAUGACCAUGGGGUGCCUCCCUUUUCAAGCACCUACCAAUCCCGGGAUAAAGCAGAAGAUCCUGUGUGUGAAGUACUACAGCCCAUCUUAUCUUUCUGCAAAUGUCCUAAAUGUAAUCGGUCAGUUACUCACCCUGGACCCCAGCAAGAGGGCUACUAUAGACUGCAUCAUGCACCACCCAUGGCUCACGCAAGGUGAGGUGCCUUCUCUUGAGUUUUCCUUGGAGGAGUUCCCCAGUCUCCCAAACCCCAUUAUCAUAACCAUUAUGGCUGAUUUGGGGUAUGACCCUUAUGAGGUCCUGGAAUCUUUAAAAGCACAAACCUUCAAUGAAACAAUGGCUACGUAUCUGAUAUUACAACACAAGCGCCCCUGGGAGAACAGCCAGGAGAACCAAGUGAAGCCUGGGCAGCCAGGUGUUCCACCUUGUGUGACCCCAGCAGAUCUUUCCACCUUCCCUCUUCCCCUGAACCAGACGGCCAGCAAGCCUGCCCUUCACACCUUCCCCUGUAAAUGUCAGCUUCCCAAUGAUGACAAACGUUUAAGGACGGAGGGAGGCAAGAGGGCCGUCAUGUCUGCUGCUCCCCAGUGCUCCCUUCUGAAGAGGACCAUCUCUUAUUUCAGGGCAGCCUGCCAUGAUGGUGAUGACGCUGCCCUUUGUACCCACUCCAUGAGUAGCUACGGUGCUGAGCCAGGGAGCCAUGUGGGCCCUCAGGACACGCUUCCAAAAAACAACUCACUUCCCAGGGAGGAACUGUGGACCCUGACCACCAAGGGUGCCCGUACAACAGAGAGCAGCUCAUCCUCUGGGGAUCUAUCGCCAGAACCAGUGUCCUUGUCCAGUGACCAGCCUAACGGUGUGAUGAUAGCCUGUACCCACACACACUGCUCAGGCUGGAAGAGAGUGAUGAGGCGAGUGGUGAGCUGUGUAGCAAAACUGUGCUGCUGCGUGACUGUUCAGAGGAAAGUUCAGGUCUCCAGAAACAAAGAGGUGCCAAUCAGAGGGCAAUGGCAAGACCCCCAAAGCCAGGAGAUGAGCCACUCUGCUCACCAUACCUGCCACCACGAUGUUCUGCUUCAUCACAGGGAGCUAGAGGCCAUGGACAGAAACCUGAAUCAUGAACCCAGGUGUGACUGUGGGUACUUUGCAAAGAGGGACUGUGGAUGUAGAUCCAGAGACAGUGAGGCACCCAGAUGCUCCCCAUGAAAUGAGAGGGAUCCAGCAGAGAUA